UUCAAAUAUGGCUACAAUACUCAUCAAACACAUAACUUUUCCUUUCUCGUUAUUAUUAUUCAUGUUCUUUGAGUUUACAACUGCAAAUGCAAUGCUUAUCAACGACAUGUAUGAAUUUUGUAAAGAGACGGAAGACGUGAAUUUCUGCUUGAAAUACAUUGGAACAGACACGCGUAUAUUAGACGCACGCGACUUUCAUGACGUGCUUGUGAUUGCGAUUUCUCAAUGCCAAAUCCAAGUGACCAAUGCAACCAGACAGAUCAACAAAGUUCGCCAGAAGUUUAGUGGUCCGAUUGGAGCUCGACGAAUAUUUUUUUGUCAUAAGUAUUACCAGUUAGCAUCUGCUUAUUUCCAAAAAGCUUAUGGGGAAGCAGAAGACGAUAGGUAUGCAUCAAUAGCUCAGAUAUCUGCAACAUAUGGCUCAAAUUAUAUGCGCAAAUGCGAAGACGAGUGGAAAAAGAAUGGACUGAUACAACAGUCUCCUUUCACUUUCUAUAACACAAAUGUUGUCAAACUAUUAUCUAUUAUUCAAGUUAUUAUUGGAAAAAUUAAGUAUGGCUAG